GAUGACGAAAGCGGAAGUACUGAGGCUGGAGGCCGGACGAGAGCCCGGAGGGGCUCGGGGUUGCGGAAGUUUUGUGAAGCGGGGUGGGGGGGGGGGGUCCGCCGGCUGUUGGAGCGCAGUGUUGUUUUGGAACAAGUUCCGGAGAGGAGGCCGCCGCUUGAGGUCCAAGAGCCACCGGCCUGCGCACGUUUGGGGCAGCUCUGGGCUCGACUCGACGUUGCCACUGUAGGUUUCCUCUGCCCCCGUUCUUCCUCGAGGAACCGCCUCGUAUCUCCGCCAUGGCAUCCACCUCGACCAACCUCCAGAAAGCGAUAGAUCUUGCUAGCAAAGCAGCCCAGGAAGACAAAGCUGGGAACUACGAGGAAGCCCUUCAACUCUACCAACACGCUGUACAGUAUUUUCUCCAUGUAGUUAAAUAUGAAGCACAGGGUGAUAAAGCCAAGCAAAGUAUCAGGGCAAAGUGUACAGAGUAUCUUGAUAGAGCAGAAAAACUGAAGGAGUACCUGAAGAAGAAGGAGAAAAAACCACAGAAGCCAGUGAAAGAGGGCCAGCCAAGUCCAGCGGAUGAGAAGGGGAAUGACAGUGAUGGGGAAGGAGAAUCUGAUGAUCCUGAAAAAAAGAAACUACAGAGUCAACUUCAAGGCGCCAUUGUUAUAGAGCGACCAAAUGUGAAAUGGAGCGAUGUUGCCGGUCUCGAAGGCGCCAAAGAAGCACUGAAAGAGGCUGUGAUAUUGCCUAUUAAAUUUCCUCAUCUCUUUACGGGCAAGAGAACACCUUGGAGGGGAAUCCUGUUAUUUGGGCCACCUGGAACAGGAAAAUCCUAUUUAGCCAAAGCUGUAGCAACAGAAGCAAACAACUCAACAUUUUUCUCAAUAUCUUCCUCUGACCUUGUUUCUAAGUGGCUAGGUGAAAGUGAAAAGCAAGUUAAGUACUUAUUCCAACUUGCCAGAGAGAGUAAACCUUCCAUUAUCUUCAUUGAUGAAAUUGAUUCUCUGUGUGGUUCAAGAAGUGAAAAUGAAAGUGAAGCUGCACGUAGAAUUAAGACAGAGUUCCUAGUUCAAAUGCAAGGGGUUGGUGUGGACAAUGAUGGAAUUUUGGUUCUGGGAGCUACAAACAUACCCUGGGUUCUGGAUUCUGCCAUUAGGCGAAGAUUUGAGAAACGAAUUUAUAUUCCUUUGCCUGAGGCCCACGCCCGAGCAGCAAUGUUUAGACUGCACUUGGGGACCACUCAGAACAGUCUGACAGAAGCAGAUGUCCGGGAACUUGGGAAGAAAACUGAAGGCUAUUCAGGGGCAGACAUAAGUGUCAUUGUACGUGAUGCACUUAUGCAGCCAGUUAGGAAAGUACAGUCAGCUACUCAUUUUAAAAAGGUUCGCGGACCUUCACAAGCUGAUCCUAACAACAUAGUAGAUGAUCUGCUAACGCCCUGUUCUCCAGGUGAUCCUGGUGCCAUUGAGAUGACGUGGAUGGAUGUCCCUGGGGAUAAACUUUUGGAGCCAGUUGUUUGCAUGUCGGAUAUGUUACGGUCGCUAUCUAGCACAAAGCCCACAGUCAAUGAACACGACUUGUUGAAAUUAAAGAAGUUUACAGAAGAUUUUGGCCAAGAAGGCUAGACCAAAGACAAGGAAGACGUUUACCAUGUGUGUUCUCUCUUUCAUAGGUAUUUUUGCCUUUCUUGGAUGGCAGUCAGAUUAUCUCCAGUAAAACUCUCUUACUGCAGGAAAAUAGAGGUCUCUCACUUCAGCAUUCUUUUAAGUUUUAUAUGUACUUUUGCUCCAUUACCAAUUAAAUCCUCCUGUUAACAAAAAUUAUAAAAUAAUGGGUUAUAAGCAAAUGAGUGACAUAAAUAGCAAAAACAUAGAAAUUACCUAGUAAAAAGAAGAUUAAAAUUGAUUGAGAUACAAAUAUUUUAAAUUGUUAUAAAUAGUGGUCUUUGCAAAGAGCAUUCAUUUUUUAUUUUUUAACUAAAAUGAAAUGGGGCUUAUUUCAUAUUUUGAAAAAAAACUUAAGCAUCAUUCUCACCAGUGUAAAAUUUAUUUACUUUAUUAAAAAAAUUAAAAAUGAUUUACUCUCAGGGAUGGGCAGUAAAACAGCAAAGAGCACUGACUGGGUUUGAAAGAUUUUGAAUUGUGUUCUAGCCAAGGCUCUCAUUGGUUUUUUGAUAGGUUGGCUUUUUUCUCCAUGUAGAUUUAAAUAAUUUCUAUAAAAGCAGCAAGCUUUUUUAUAUUUAAUUAAAUAAUACCUUUUACUGUGCAAUCUCAAGAGAAAGACUCUCUAAAUUAGGCAUUGUCUCUAUCUUGAAGAAGAAAAUUGUCUAUUUCAGUGUCUUUUUGUAGCAAGAUUGACCAAAACAGGUGGUUAAUAAAUGUGUACUUUUUAAAUAAUUCUGCCAUGAAAUACUGUAAUGGGAACCUUUGCUGAAAGGAACAGCCUCCCUUUGGAUUAUGGGAAGUUUCUUGUGUAUGGUGGGGGGGGGGGGGGUGUGUGUACAUACAUAUAAAUUUUUUUUAAUGUAGGUUAGCUAGAGUCUUGUCUUACCUUUUAAGUUCAGGGAACAGCUCGUCCUGGCCACACGUAUGUUAUCAGUGUAAUGUUUCAUGAAGCUUUAGAAAUGAGCUGAUGUCUCCUUAAAUAAUAAAAUACAAACAUGAUAUUGUGUUAUUUUAAUAUCUUCAAAUAAAUAAUCUGAGGGUGUGUGUUAUAUACUUGAGCACCAACACUAAGUUGUGCCUUGUACAUUUGCAUUGGCUCUACAUGCAAAGGAUUAUUAAGUCAGCUAGAAUGAGGUAGAUUCCUUAAUUUACUAUAAAGUUCUGCCUUGAAAAUGCUAUAGAAUAACUUGCCUUUUAAAGUAUAUUUGCACAUUUUACAUAUUGUGCUAUAUGGUUGCCUUUGGGUUUUCUGUACAGAUUGUUUUCGUUGAUAUUAAAUGGAAGUCGUAGGCCUGAAAUAUGCUGUUCUUACGUGAAGUAAAUUGAUACAACCUACUAUUGGCUA